AUGGGUAUUCCUCAUUUGAAUAGUUUCUUGCAACCAUACACGACGCACGAGAAUCUGAAUGGUUGGACUGUAGUCAUCGACGGUAAUGCUCUAGCUUAUCACAUUUACUAUCUUUGUGUCGCUCGAAGGUAUGACGCUCGGAAUACACUCGAGGGCCUGCCACAGAAUUUGGAGAUUGCAGCGACGGUGAUAGAAUGGCUAGAAUGGCCAGUGUUUGAAGUAAGCUUACACUGGAAUAGUGGAAAGAUAUACUUUGAUGGAUUUCUUCCUCCAUCAAAAAUGAGGACACGCUCACUACGUCUUGGCCGACUAACCAGUCAAUACUCAAAUUACUACAAAACACACAAUGCUUUUCGCCAUACGCAACUGAAAGAACUGGGUGAAAUGACUUUGUUUGGGGUCAGCAUAGGAGCUACAAAGCCUUGCUUAUGCCCACCACCUCCAUAUCUAGUCCCUGUAAUCUUAGAGACACUUUAUUAUUCAAAAAAUUAUAGCAACUUGAUUGAAGUCGUUCCCUGGGAGGCAGACUUUUACUGCGCACAGUAUGCAAAGGAGCAUGGGGUACUAGUUUUAUCAGGCGAUUCUGACCUUCUAAUAUACGAUCUUGGACCGCAGGGAGCAGUUGCUUUCUUCAAAGAUAUUAAGCAGUCGAUCCCAAACCGAGAACUCUCCGCAGCAGUAUACAAGCCAACGGAAAUCGUCAAGCGACUCGGUCUAGAUAAGUCACAUGGCCUGAAGCCUUUUGCUUUUGAAUUACUCAUGGCUUCUACUCCCAAAUUCUCUGAUAUCAGAAAGCGAGCAAUUUCUCUCCGAGCUCUAGAAAUACAUCCAAUUAAAUAUAAAGAGACUUUCGAUGAAUACAAUAUUUCGUUUCCAGAAUACGAUUCUAAAUCAAAAUCAUCAAAUUCGAGGAGCCUAACUUAUCUUCAAGCCCUUGACCCAAGAGUUUCUGAAUAUGUUCUGCAGUUUCCUACUUUUGCAAAGGUAGCCAAACAGCCACUAAUUAAUAACUCUACAGAGAAGCAUGUGUAUCGCAUAUUUCUACCGUUUCUUCUCGAUUCCCCAGCUCGCACUAGCGGAUGGGAAAUAGCAUCUGCUACACGACAGCUAGCCUACGGCUUGAUUAAUCUAGCCCUACCAGCAGAAGAGCGAAUAGCAAGCGUUGUGGAGCAUAAGAGGCAACACGCCAAAUUCGGUGGACGAGAGCUUGGGCUGCCUACCACGCUUGAAAUAUCUACAGCAUGUUCAGAGAUUUGCUCAAACUUUUCGAAAUUUAGAGAAAAAUUCAAGCACCUUUGCAACCGUCAAAUUUGGAUUGUUAUGGCUAUACUACAAGAGAUCGAAUGGUCGCAAUUUAACAAUAAAUUACCCAUGACUCUCCUUGCAGUAAAACAUGUUGCAAAGUUUUUUAGUACCUCAAUGAGAGAGCGAGCUUACCACUGGGAUCUUAUACAUUACUUGGCACAAAUAGAUGCCUCUUUUUACUCAUACCGUAUACUUCAGCAAGUUAGUCGUACUGUUAUUGCUCAAGGUCAACAGGAUAAUCUGCCGGCCGCUUUAUUUCAUCUUUCGAAAUUAUUAGAAAGCUUGCCAAAAAUCUGCGAAUUUCCCGAUCGUGAUUCAAUAAUUUCAUUUUUCCAUGAUAACCUCUCUAAUAUCUCUUCAAUGGCGAAUAAUUGA